AUGACCAUGAAGGAGCAGCAAGAGUGGAAGAUUCCUCCCUGUAUUUCAAACUGGAAAAAUGCAAAGGGUUAUACAAUUCCAUUAGAUAAACGUCUGGCUGCCGAUGGAAGAGGGCUGCAAACAGUUCACAUCAAUGAAAAUUUUGCAAAACUGGCUGAAGCCCUCUACAUUGCUGAUCGAAAGGCUCAUGAAGCGGUGGAAAUGCAUGCGCAAGUAGAGAGAAAGAUGGCUCAAAAAGAAAAGGAAAAACAUGAAGAGAGACUUAGAGAAAUGGCCCAGAAAGCCAGAGAGAGAAGAGCUGGGAUCAAAACCCAUGUGGAAAAAGAGGACGGGGAGGCACGUGAGAGGGAUGAAAUCCAGCAUGACUGGAGAAAAGAGAGACAGCAUGACCGGAGCCUCACCAGGGCAGCUGCAGACACGAGGUCAAAACUGCAGAGAAAUGAAAACCGAGACAUCAGUGAAGUCAUUUCUCUUGGUGUGCCCAACCCUCUUACUUCCAAUGAAGUUCAGUGUGACCAAAGGCUCUUCAACCAGUCCAAGGGUAUGGACAGUGGUCUUGCAGGUGGAGAAGAUGAAAUUUACAGUGUUUAUGACCAAGCCUGGAGAGUGGAAAAGUCCGGAGGGGCCAGAUGCCAGAACCUCCCCACGUACUCUGCGUGA